AUGACUCUGACACCAAGAGUCAACACACUUUUAUUCCUAGUGUAUGAAGUCAGCCUCUCAGUGCCAUGCCCAGUGCCAGGCGACGACGCGAGGGACAGUGCAUGCUGCACAGGUACCGAUUGCCGUCCAGAUAGUACCAGGUACCAGGUGUACCUCGGGAGUACCUUGUACCUCGGGAGUACCUUGUACCUCGGCAGAAUCCUGGAGGUUCGGAGGCUCACCUGCACGCGUCCGAUUCCUCGCAUUCUUACACCUGAAGAAUGUCGCAAGCCACCUCAAGCCACCUCAAGCCAACUCAAGCCAACUCAAGCCCCCAUACUUCGAGCCGGAUUCUCGACGAGCAAAGCAAAGGCAAGCCAGUUGCACAAUCGCUCAUCAAAUGGGUACAUAGAGUUAACUGAUCCAACUGCCCUGCCACCAGAGUGCACACCCAACAUUGAUGGCCCAAGUGCUGAAAGUGUACCCCAGGAGCAGACGAUGCACUCCUUUCACACGCUUUUCUGUCGGCGGUGCUUCAAAUAUGACUGCUUCCUCCACCCUACCAAGGGAAGUACAGACGCCCCAGGCCUGGCAACAUCACAUCCCCGACCCCAUGGUGGAAAGAGAAAGAGCCCAGAGCUGCGACCACUCAUGGAACCUUGUUCACAGUUCUGCUAUCUGCAUCUACCUGAUGCAAAAGAAAAGAUGGUCAAUGCAGCCUCACUCUCGUCAGAUAAGCUAAGAGAUGAUAAUGAAUCCUCCAAUGAUGCCAAGCCAAGAAAGAUCCGGAAACACGCUUCAGUAGACUCAGGAAAUGAAGCGAGCUCUGAGGACAGCAACGACAGUAUAAGGAUGAGUGGGCGGAAGGGAGAGAAAACAAACUCAGGAUGUGAGUGAUCCCACUUUCAGAGACAGUGAGUGAGUGAGUGAGUGAGUGAGUGAGUGAGUGAGUG